AUGGGCGAAAUCGGCGAAUUCUCAAAGCAAAUGAAAGCGCUGAAGAAACAACGCCAGCAAGAGAAAUUGCAACGCGAACAAGAGAAAACGCAGCGCGGCCAAGAGAGCCCACGCCCAAACCCUGCACCCCGUCGCCGCUGCUACGACUGGAUGCUCGUCAGUGGCACAUGCCACUACGCGAAGAACCGCUCUUCUUUCUCGACGUACCGCCGAAUCGGCAGGGAAGUACCCUGCGAUAUUUUCGGUGGCUCAACCUACGUCGCGGGUAUCGGCACUGUCAAGCUGCAGGUGCGGUCUAUUCCGAGGAGAGGGGCGCUGACCAGAACAAUUGUGCUCGAAAAUGUCCUGCACGUCCCCAGCGCCAUUUGCAACGGGUUCAACUUUCAUGCCUACCAUAGACAGCAUGGUGGCGAUACAGCAGCAGGCCCUUGGGAUGGUCCAGGUUCUAAAUGGAAUACCGACUACGGGACUGACCCUGAGGGUCAUCCGCUCUGGUACUCGGAGGAGUUUUGUGGACUGGAAAGGCUCGUUCUGGCGGGGGAGCCGCAGGGCGAGACGUAUUUGAAAGAGGGAGGGAGUUACUUUCUUAGCAUGUACUUGUCCUUGGGUCAGAAACCGGGAUUGCGGGUGAGGAGUGAGAGUCCGGUGUCCGAGGCUGACACUGAGAAGUUGCCCGUACCGGAGCUUGCAGUUUGGUCCGCGUCUCUAGUCUAG